UAAGAACAACACCUAACAAGUAACAACAACUUCUUCCCCCCUCGCUCAUUAGUAAUACCGAAAGGCUCAAUCUUCACCAUAACUUCAAGCUACACCUACCUCUCUUCCUCUUUCUCUCUCUCUCUCUCUUCUCUUGUGAAUUCUGAGGAAAAAAUGGCAAGGAAGAAGAUCAGAGAGUAUGAUUCCAAGAGACUUCUAAAGCAACAUCUCAAACGAAUUGCCAACAUCGAUUUACCCAUUUGCUCUGCUCAAGUAACAGGAUCCACAGACUUUACUCAACUGGUGAACGACGAGACAUGGCUUUCAUCUUCAAGAUUGGUUGUAAAACCAGAUAUGCUUUUCGGUAAGCGUGGUAAGAGUGGCCUUGUGGCUUUGAAUUUGGAUUUGGCUCAAGUUUCGGAAUUUGUGAAAGAGCGCAUAGGGAAAGAGGUUGAGAUUGAAGGUUGCAAGGCACCGGUUACCACUUUUAUUGUUGAACCAUUUGUUCCGCACAAGCAAGAGUUUUAUCUCUCCAUAGUAUCUGAAAGGCUUGGUUGCACCUUAAGUUUCUCUGAAUGUGGUGGUAUUGAAAUUGAAGAGAACUGGGACAAGGUUAAGACCGUAUUUUUGCCAACGGAGAAACCUCUGACUAGUGAUACUUGUGCUCCAUUGAUUGCUACACUUCCUUUGGAGAUACGGGAUAAAAUCGGGGAUUUCAUCAAGGGUGUCUUUGCAGUUUUCCAGGAUCUUGACUUUAGCUUUCUGGAGAUGAAUCCUUUUACUUUGGUUAAUGGGGAACCAUAUCCAUUGGACAUGAGGGGAGAACUCGAUGAUACAGCUGCUUUCAAGAAUUUUAAAAAGUGGGGCGACUUAGAGUUCCCAUUACCUUUUGGCCGAGUUUUAAGCUCUACUGAAGGUUAUAUUCAUUCUUUGGAUGAAAAGACAAGUGCAUCAUUGAAAUUCACCAUUUUGAACCCAAAAGGACGCAUUUGGACUAUGGUUGCUGGUGGUGGUGCAAGUGUUAUAUAUGCCGACACUGUUGGAGACUUGGGUUAUGCAUCUGAACUUGGGAAUUAUGCUGAGUACAGUGGUGCUCCUAAUGAAGAAGAGGUCUUGCAGUACGCUCGCGUAGUUAUUGAUUGCGCCACAGCAAAUCCUGAUGGUCGUAAAAGGGCUCUUCUGAUAGGAGGGGGUAUUGCUAACUUUACUGACGUUGCUGCUACAUUUAGUGGAAUCAUUAGAGCCCUCAGAGAAAAGGAAUCUAAACUGAAGGCAGCAAGAAUGCAUCUUUUUGUGAGAAGAGGAGGUCCGAACUAUCAAACAGGUCUUAAAAAGAUGCGUGCUCUUGGUGAGGAGCUUGGAGUCCCUAUCGAGGUAUAUGGCCCUGAGGCAACCAUGACUGGAAUAUGUAAGCAAGCAAUUGAUUGCAUUAUGAAGGAUUAAGUUUGUGUUUUAAAGCAUUGUCAUGUUCAAAGGAACAUUUACAGAUCUUUUUCGAGGGGACAGAAAUAGAUGCGAUUGUUGCAUUUGCAAAAUAGAUACAAAGUGAGAAAUUCUUUGACGAGUUGUCUUUGGAAAAAUGGAAUUGUCUUCGUUACUUUCGUGUAUAACUUCAGUUCUGUUGUAAUAUGUAACUUGAUUUGUGGAUGCUGUUAUAUGAUUCAUAGUUGUUUUCGAAACCA